AUGGCUACCCUUGCCGACGAGCUUCUCAAUGAUUUCGAGGACUCUGGCUCCGAGCACGAUGAGGAAGCAAAUGGCUUUGAGGCCGGCAACGAGACUGCUGCCCACGAGAAUGAUCAAAACAACGGAACCCUCGAUAUACCGCUAGAUGGAGAUGAGGAGGAAAUGGAGGAUGCAGAAGAGGAGGUUGCCAGGAGGGACGACGAUCUGGGGGACGAGGAUGAGGACACUACAAAAGCAAAAGUCGAGAAGAUGCGCCUCGGUGGUGUACGUGACGUGCGAACGGUGGCUGGCUUGAUGAAGACUCUGCAACCCGUACUCGAGAAAAUUGCACACUAUCAAGCCAUUCCACUAGACCAGCGAACGACUUCUGUUGGUUCCAUCGAGGACAACCCAGAGUAUGCUCUACUGACUCAGUCCAAUCACCUUGCGACUCAAAUCGAUAGCGAGGUCAUUCUUGUUCACAAGUUCAUCCGUGACCACUAUUCUACCAGAUUUCCCCAAUUGGAAACUCUGGUCUCUAACCCGCUCGACUAUGCCAAAACGGUUGCCAUCAUCCAAAAUGGACCACUGGAGGACAUCAAGUCGAUAGCGGAAUCGUCGGACAACCUUGUGAAAGCGCCUCUGAGAUCUAUUCUGGAUGGACCCACCAUGAUGGUGGUGGCCGUCGAAGCCACUACAACCGAAGGUCAGCCAUUGAGCGAAGCCGAGCUUGAAACAACCCUGACGGCAUGCGAGAUGGUUCUACAAUUGGACAGGGCCAAAAAGAUCCUCACAGACUAUGUCCAAUCGCGAAUGAAUGUCUUUGCCCCAAACUUGACUGCGCUGAUUGGCUCUCUCACGGCCGCUCAAUUGCUCAAUUUUGCUGGUGGCUUGAAAGGCCUUGCAAAGGUGCCAGAUCGGAACGUACCAUCAAUGGGGUCGAAAAAACAGAAGCAAAGUGGGUUGGCAACCAACGUUGGAAUAAGGCAACAGGGCUUCCUCUAUCAUUCGCCCCUGAUCCAGGAUAUACCCAACGAUCUGAAGAUACAAGCUAUGCGGAUUGUGUCUGCCAAACUAGUUCUUGCUGCUCGAGUGGACAGUGUGCAUCAGGCGACCGAUGGUUCGACUGGAGAGCAACUUCGAGACGAUUGUCUACGAAGACUUGAUAAACUCACCGAACCCCCUCCGAACCGGGGCCCUCGAGCAUUACCCGCUCCUGACGACAAGCCAAGUCGAAAGCGAGGAGGUCGCAGAGCAAGAAAAGCCAAAGAGGCAACCGCAAUGACAGACCUAAGAAAGCAACAAAAUCGAAUGGUUUUCGGUAAGGAAGAGAAGGAAGUCGGGUAUGGAACGGGUGAAGGUACCGUUGGACUGGGCAUGAUUGGCCAGCAGAAUGAUGGCAGGAUUCGUGCCACCCAGAUCGAUCGACGCACCAUGGCCAAAUUGAGUAAGAAAAAUCCCGGUUGGGGCACUUCUGGACUUUCCACCAGCUUGAACAGUGGAAUGAAUACAUCGCUCAAGGCAUUUGGUACAGCAAUGGGCGGAAACUCCACAAGUCUUCGCGCGUCAGGUCUUCGAACAUCCGGAGUUGGUGCGGGAACGGCCAGCUCGAUUUCUUUCACACCUGUGCAAGGUCUUGAACUGGUUGAUCCCAAGGUGCAAGCUGAGCUCAAACGGAAACGAGAGGCAGAGACUGCCGGCUACUUUUCCACUGGCACGUUCACUCAAGCCGGAGGUGGGAAAGUCAAUGGGGGCUUCAAAGUACCACAACUGCCACCAGCAGCCAAGAAAACGAAUAUGGGACCGCCUCCACCAAAAUGA